ACCCACCUCACCUCAAACUUCAAACCCUUCCACUCAUUUUUUCCAAACUCCAAAUAAAUAAAUAAGACAAAAAACACAGGAAGAAAUAAAGGAAGGAAACCUGCCAUCUUCACACCACCAUAUCAUACAAAGGCAUUAAAAAUCAAUUUGCUCCAUUCUAUAAAAAAGUUAAAAAAAUUCAACUUACUCCAAUCAAAGGCCAACAACAACAAAAUAAUGAAGGAUGUAUGUACCCACCUGAGUUGAUCCUUUCCUUUGAUUGCCUUUAUAGUAGAUUUGCUGGGUGAGCACCAAGUAGACAGAUCAAGAUGGCUCGGGCAGGUGGAAUAACAAACGCAGUGAACGUUGGAAUAGCGGUCCAAGCUGAUUGGGAAAACCGCGAGUUCAUCUCCCACAUUUCUCUCAAUGUUCGCCGCCUCUUCGAUUUCCUUGUCCAAUUCGAGGCUACAACAAAGAGCAAAUUGGCAUCACUGAAUGAGAAGCUUGAUGUAUUGGAACGAAAGCUAGAACUUCUUGAAGUUCAAGUGGGUACUGCAUCAGCCAACCCUUCUCUUUUUGCUCGUGAUGCUUAGCAGAUCAUGCCAUUCUUAUUAGAUUAUAAUAUACUGCUUUACUGUAAGCAUCCUCUUGUCUAUAGUGUGGACGUGAACUUAUUUCUUGGUCUUGUAGCCCAGUUCAAAAAGUAAUCUAUCCAUUUUUCUGCGUA